AUGCAUUUUGCAUCUGCAGAUUCUUCACCACGGCAUAGGUCCGCUUCCAACGGCAUUCGAACGGGCCUCAACCCAUUUUUAUAUGUUCCGUACGAGUCAUGGUACCCGGUAAUUGGCAGCGGAGAUGCAACCCCUGACUUCCCCGAGCAUGGCGAGCAGGGAUCCUUGUUCACCCCAAUAAGAGAAUUGACAUCUCUUCGAAGCAGUAUUAUGAACUAUCACGAUGAGAAUGGCCGACGAUGUCAUGCAUAUCAUGUUGGCUCCUAUUGCGGACCCAACGAUGAGCGCGCAAUGGACCAUUUCGAUUUAGGCCACCAUCUAUAUUAUAUCAUACUUCAAGGAGAGUUGUAUUUGGCUCCAAUCCCGAAGGAUCCUCAGAGAGUUCUGGACAUCGGAACUGGAACGGGGAUUUGGGCGAUUGACUUUGUAAACUUCCACCCAUCAGCAAAGGUAAUCGGGACUGAUCUGUCGCCAACCCAGCCUAGUUUGGUGCCACCAAACCUUCACUUCGAGAUUGACGACUGUUGCGACGAGUGGGCAUAUUCUAUUAAUAGUUUCGAUUUCAUCCAUGUCCGGGGUCUAUAUGGGUGUGUCGCCGAUUGGGACAAAUUCUACAAACAAGCAUUGAAACAUCUCAAACCAGGAGGUUAUAUAGAACAAGUGGAAUUAUCAGUCGAGCCCAAGUCCGAGGAUGGUUCUAUAGAUGGUGCCAUCUUCGAAAAAUGGGGAAAAGUUUCUGUACAGGCGGGUGAAGCCUUUGGGAAGUCGCUGACGAUUGUGGGAUUCGUAGACGUUGUUGAACAUCGAAUCAAAGUCCUAGUGGGACCAUGGCCCAAGGACCCUCGUUUGAAAGAGUUGGGGAGGGUGGAAAAUGAUGUUGGUGACAAACAUAUUAGGAUGGAAACGGGAAGAGGUCGACCUGUACCAUAUGGAGAUAAGACAGGCUCUACAAAACUCAAAAUAUCAUGUAUUCCAGGCUUUGUGGAAUUUUUCAACUAUCACAGUACUGUCACUUAUGGACGGAAACCUUCCGGGAUUCCCCAACCUAAGCCAAGUGAACAGUAG